AUGCCAGUGGACACGCUGUGGGUUUGGGCAACCGUUAGUGGCGUGGCCACCCACCUCCUUCUUUAUCGAUAUGGCGAGUGGGACCUCAAAGCGCCUAGCAUUGUGAAAAUAUAUAUGCUACUGAGCGCAGCUCUUAUCUAUGUGGAACAUUCUGCUUUACUGGAUGGUUUCGCGAUUGACACACGUCCAAGAUGGGCAAUUAGAGUCGCCCUAUAUCACAUCUUCGGGGUUUACGCCAGCAUGCUCUUUUAUCGUGCUUUUUGGCAUCGUCUUGGCGGAUACCCCGGUCCAUUUCUCGCCCGGCUUUCAAAUUUCUACGUCACCUCACUCUCUGCCAAGAGUCUGCAUCUCUGCGAAGAGGUUCGUAAGCUGCAUCAGCAAUAUGGUGACUAUGUUCGAUUAGGUGAUUCUCGCUCUGCCUGGCUUCUCACUGGCCGUCUACCAAAUUUUCCUGAUAUUCUGAUAGGCCCCACUGAGCUCUCAAUUACCGAUCCUAGAGCCGUAAAGGCACUCUAUAGUGGUCAGUCAAAAGUGGGUAAAGGACCAUGGUAUACUGUGCUAGAACCCAGAGUAUCCCUUCACAUGUCGAGAGACAAGAAAGAACACGCUCGCCGUAGGAAAGUGUGGGAUCAAGGCUUUAGUUCGAGGGCAUUGCGCGAUUAUGAGCCUCGUGUUUCGCAUUAUGCAGAGCAGCUUCUCGAUGCUAUCCGCCAGAAUGUUGGCAAACCGAUGGAUAUGGCGAAGUGGUUCAACUACUACAGCUUCGAUGUCAUGGGAGAUCUCUCUUUUGGUAAAUCCUUUGACAUGCUGGUAGGCGGGCAAGAUACAUACUUCUCGACUCAAUUGCAUGCGGAUAUGAAGAGCAUCGGUCUGUUUAGCCACCUGACGUGGUUAUUUCCUUUUUUCAAAAGGAUCCCUGUCCUUAAUUCGGAUUACCUCAAAUUUUGGAACUGGGUUGGCGGCAGGGUUGAGGAAAGAAUAAAAAAUAACCCUGAUUGUCCAGACGUGUUUUCUUGGAUCCUUGAUGCUUUCCAAAAGGGCCCAAAGACGAAGCAGGAUCACCUCGACCUACACGGUGACGCAUAUCUGAUUAUUGUUGCAGGGAGUGAUACCACUGCUGCCACCUUGACUAAUCUGUUUUUCCAUCUCGCUGCUGAUCAUACCUGGCAAACAAAGCUUCAGACAGAACUAGACGCUUUACCUGACUUGACCCAGGAGAAGCUGACCGGUGUUAAGACACUUGACGCGCUUAUAAAUGAAACCUUGCGUCUCCAUCCUGCUGUACCAUCAGGUACCCAACGAAUGACUCCACCGGAGGGUCUCCAGAUCGGUGAUAGGUAUAUUCCUGGUGAUGUGAUGGUGUGCAUUCCAACACACACAUUGUUUCGAGACGAACGAGCCUUUGUUCAGCCGGAGGAGUUUCUUCCAGAGAGGUGGAUGACGCAGCCCGAACUAGUAAAAGACGCAUCCGUCUUCAUUCCAUUCAAUGCGGGUCCCUAUUCCUGCGUUGGGAAGCAACUUGCUCUGAUGGAGCUCCGUCGUGUGACUGCCGAGAUUCUGACGAGAUAUGAUGUCCAAUUCGCCCAAGAGCAGACGGUCGACGCGUUCCUGGAUGGUAAAAGAGAUACAUUUACCUUGGUAGCUGCGCCUCUUAAGUUGGUGUUUCAUGAAAGGAGGUAA